CUCAAUCAAAACCUCACUGUUCAAAACCCUAAUCAAUACAAGCAAUCCCUACAUUCCAUGCCUUGCUUGUAAACCCUUCUCAACGCCCCAAUUUCCCGAAACUGCAGCUCUUAAGCUUGGGGAAUCUUGUAUCGUUUACAGCUUGCGUACGCGCAUACUGAUCAAUUCAUCAGAUUUUGGGAUUUGCAAGAAUGACUUCGAGGAGGAAGGUGGGGGAUGAGAGAUUGUACUACACUCCACCAGCGAUGAGAAGAUACAAGCAGCAGCAGCAACAGCAGCAGAAGCAGCAAAAGUCAAAGUCUUCGUCUGUAUCAUCGUUAGAAAGAAGGGGAUUAGAGUCGGAUUCAAAUUUGGAUCGAUUCUUGGAGCACACAACACCGUCUGUAUCGGCUCAGCAUUUUCCUUGGACAAGUGUGCAUUCUUGGAGAAAUUGUAAUCAUGAGUUUCAUCCAUACUUCUUCAUUCUUGGUGACCUAUGGGAGUCUUUCAGAGAGUGGAGUGUUUACGGAGCUGGAGUUCCUUUAGUCUUGAAUGGAACUGAUUCUGUUGUCCAAUAUUAUGUGCCAUUUCUCUCCGGCAUUCAACUUUAUGUAGAUCCUUCAAGGAAUGUUGUGGAGAGAAGACCAGGAGAAGACAGCGAUGCCAAUUCAUCCGGCAGUGAUGGUGAAAAUGAAUGCAGACCUGAGAGAGGGACCGGUACUAGCAAUCACACUGAACUACUCUUUGAAUACUUUGAAAGGGAACUUCCAUUUCAUCGUGAACCAUUAGCUGACAAGAUAUCAAUUCUUGCCUCUCAUUUUCCAUUGCUAAAAACACACCGGAGUUGUGACCUGACUCCAGCAAGCUGGAUUUCUAUCUCCUGGUACCCUAUAUAUAGGAUUCCCGUAGGUCCAACUCUGCAAAAUGUUGAUACCUGUUUUUUAACUUAUCAUUCCCUAGCAAAACCUAUAAUGAGUAGUGAUGGGGGUCGUGAUUGUGGAAGCAAGCUUUCACUACCAACAUUUGGGCUUGUUCCAUACAAAUUCAAAGUCUCCGACUGGAAUCAUCAAAAUGGAGUACAAGAAGGCCAGAAGAUGAGCUCUCUCUUGCAAGAUGCUGACAACUGGCUUCGUGUGUUGCAAGUCAAUCACCCUGAUUACAGCUUUUUUACAACCCGUGGUACAUCAUGGAGAUAGAAGCACAUAGUAAGUACCCUAUCCAGGUUGCUCAAUACUGCAGGGCAGCAUAUGUAUUCAGCCUUACUGCUGUUUCUUUCUAAACGUUUUCGGGUAGAGAGGAUUAUUAGAAAAAUAGAAGAAGAAAGAAACUAUGGCAACUAUGUAAAUAGCUUUCCCGCUACCAAACACAGCUACAGAUAUAGAUGGAUGAUGGGGACUCCUUGAUAACUGGUUGGUUUUUUUGCUGGAAUUUUGGGUUUUUGCAUAGCAAUUUGUUGUGUUUAUGAUUAUGAUGAUGAAACUGUUGUGUAUACAAACUUACUUUUUUGCUAUGUUAUAUACCAUUACAGAUUUAUAGUGUGGCUU